AGUAGCGGGUUUCUCCAGCGUGGGGGCGGCUGGCGCUAUGUGAGGCGGGGACUGUUUGUGCUACUCUCGGCGCACAGCGGCAUCCUUGGCCAGAGAAGGAUGAAGAGCGCGCGCGAGGAGGAAGAAGGGGCUCUUGCUAGUUUGCGCCCCUCUGUUGCCCCUCUUUGAGGAGCAAAUGAUGACUCACCUGGCAGCAGAAGAACCCAUGUUCACUUCCUGUACGAAGGAGCAUCUGUAGACAGCCCAAGGCACAUGCAUCCUACAUGCAACCCAGUGGACAAAGGAGGAGUUCCACAUAGAAUGAGCUAGCAACACAGUCUCUCUUUCAACUUCACCCAAUGACCAAUACUUGCGAAGAAAAACAGCAGAAAAUGAAAAUAGGCUUGCUAUGAUUAUGGCAUGCAUGGACAAAUCUGAGAAUGACCAGGCUAAGGACUGCCUGAAAGACUGCUGAAGAGCUGUGGUGGAAGGCAGCAGCUGCUGUGCAUUUGAAAUGUCUUCUGUUGGGUAGCCUCAAAGGGGGAGAGGCUACUGUAGCCUCUGCAAGUGAAGUGUAAGACGGAAGACCCACCUCAGUUUCUGACAUGAAGAAAGAUAUAGAUGCCUUAAUAGCUGAAGAAAGGGCAGAAAUCAUUGGCAAGUAUGAGAAGGGAAGACAGGAAGGGGCUCAGAUUGACCCAUGGGAAGAUGCUGACUUCACUCUGUACAAAGUCACAGACAGAUUUGGGUUUUUGCAUGAGCAUGAACUGCCACUUCGCAGUGCUCUGGAAGAGAAGCAAAAACUUCAGGAGAUUGAACGAGUGGACAAAUGGCUAAAGAUGUUGAGAAAAUGGGGGAAAUACAGAAACAGUGAGAAGAUGUUUCGAAGAGUUUAUAAAGGGAUUCCACUCCAAGUUAGAGGCCAGGUUUGGUCACUCUUGCUGGACAUUGAAAAGAUUAAGGCAGAGAAUGAAGGAAAGUAUGAGAAAAUGAAAGAACAAGCCAAGAUCUUCUCAUCAGAAAUCAAGCAGAUAGACCUAGAUGUCAACCGCACCUUUCGAAAUCACAUCAUGUUCCGGGAUCGCUAUGGAGUGAAGCAGCAAGCGUUGUUCCAUGUUCUGUCUGCCUAUUCAGUUUACAACACGGAAGUGAGCUACUGCCAGGGAAUGAGUCAGAUUGCUGCUAUCCUCCUGAUGUAUUUAAAUGAAGAGGAUGCCUUUUGGGCACUGGCUCAACUACUUACCAAUCAAAGGCAUGCAAUGCAUGGGUUUUUUAUUCCUGGCUUCCCAAAGCUACAAAGAUUCCAGGCUCACCAUGAGGCAAUCUUAGGCAAACUUUUUCCAAAGCUGAAAAAGCAUAUGGACAAGGAACAGAUGUCUACAGGGAUUUAUACAACAAAGUGGUUUCUGCAGUGUUUCAUUGACAGGACUCCAUUUACUCUAACCCUGCGACUAUGGGAUAUCUACAUCCUGGAAGGAGAGCGGGUUCUAACAGCCAUGGCAUACACCAUCCUCAAGUUGCAUAAAAAGCGCUUGUUGAAAAUGUCCCUAGAAGAUCUAAGGGAAUUCCUGCAAGAGAAAACUGCUGCUUCCUUGCAGUUUGAAGAUGAUGUAGUAGUUGAGGAAUUGCAAGCAUCCAUGGCUGAACUACGUAAAAUGAAAUUUGAUCUUCCACCCCCAGCAAAAUCCGAAGAAUUUCCCAAGAAACCACUGGGACUGGAGCUGUCUCUAAAUCUAGUAUCAGUAAAGCCCAGUGUUGCAGGCAAUGGUCAGAAAAGGGCUGCCAAUGAUCUUGACCAUGAAAAAGACGCUGUAAUACAACUUUCUCCAGAUAAAUGUCCUUCUCACCUGACUGUAACAAUCUAUAAUUCAAUACAUAAGAGAGCUUUGAUUCCACAGCCCAGUGGACCACCACUGCAAGUUGAACUGACUGACAUGUACCACACUCCCCUCCAGAAUAACCAGCCCAUCCCUAACACAGAUGUAGAUGAAAAACAACAGGAAAACAUGGUGCAAUUGCCAAAGGAGAAUGCCAGGAAAAUCCCAUCUGAAGAUUUCCCAGCAGCACUAGAUGAGAUUCAGGUUAUUGUAGAAAGUCAAGAUGUGGCUACUGCGCAUGAGGAAGAUUCUUUAGAGAGCAGCAGCACAGAAGAGAGAUGCAAUUCACAGGAAAAUAACCUCUCUCUUUCUGUAGAUGAUAAGGACCAUGUUACUCCACACAUGCUAGAACAAGCAGCGAUAGACCUCAUGUCAAUGGAGAACUGUCCACGUGACCUUAACAUGCAGAGUGAGGCCACAGAAUCAGACCUGUCUAUCACCUCCAACAGUAUUACAGCAUUAGUGGAGCAAGAUUCACCAAGUCAAGUGCCAUUGCUUCCCUCUCUUGAAGGGCAAAGUACUGUAGAAUCACAACUAACUGUGCAAAAAGCAGCUGUUCUUCAAGAUGGGAGCGCUACCUGCUUCUCUGAGGAUUUCUUAUCUGAAGAUGCCAUAGUGCUUCCAGAUCACCCAUGCCAGCCUACAAGUAUAGACUCCUCUCCACAUGGACAUAGCCUGUCCACAGUGUGUGAUGUGCCAAAAAGCUUAAUAAUGCCACAUACUGUCAAAGCACUUGCUCCUCUCCCUCUCCCAUUCCAAGAUGGAAAGCGACGACCUUCUAAUGUAUCUCAGUAUGAUAACCUGUCUGAAGAUGGAGAAGAAAAAUCUCCUAUUCAGGUGCCCUGCUCUGAGGAAUUAACUAUUUUGUUAUCACAAACUGAGCUCUGCAACCCAGUAUUAAAGUGCACAGUGCACAAAUCUGCAUCUGUUGGAGAGUUAGAAAAUCUGCAGAGACAAACUGGGGGACAGGUAGAUUUGGUACAGCAGCCAGGAGGACUUGACCAACCCCUUUCAUUCAACAUACUGCCUCGUCAGAAGAGGCUCUCUAGCGGGGCCAGCGUGCCGAUCCUAUCUGAGCUGGACUCUGGUGGACUGUUACUGUCAGAAGACUUCUGUGCCCGGCCCACAUCAUCCCCAGAAUUACAGGCACAGUACAGCCCCUUCAGAAUAGUAAAAACUAGUACUCCUCUUCACUUGGCUCAUGCUACAGAGCAAGACUUCUACAACAAAAAACAAAUGGCUCUGCCUUUGCCAGAGUCCAGCCACCUUGAAGCAGCUGAUGGUGAGAACCCUAUUCCUCCAGUUGGAGAAGCUGAAAGUGGAACUGCUAGUGAUUCUCUCCAGAAAUCACUAAAUGUUUUGAGUGACUCACCUGCUCCUCAAAGGCCAAAACCAAAACUACCACUCAAGAUUGUCAAAACCCAUUCUGAUAACAAUUUCUAUCUGGGCUGCCCCCCGGUGGUACAGAUGUCUAAAUCAGUGACAUUCUAGUAGAAAUAAGAGAAGGGGGUGGUGGAAUUACAGUGUUCUUUCAUGAGAGAUCACAAGUGUCUUGAAAUGAAAAAGUGCAGUCAGAUGUAAGAUGAGGGAGGUAAUUGUACUGCCAGUCAAGUUGAGUUCAAGAAUUUGAGACAGGGCUUAGAUACAGGCCAGUCUUCAAUUGACAAUGCCUGUAGAUAAUUAUUUAAAAACUUGGAUUUCCCCCUCCAGAUUGUUCUCACGGUGUUUUUUAAUCUGCCUUUCAUAUCUCCUCCCUCAUAGCUGGAUGGAAGUCUAACAGAUUUGGCAUGUCAAAACAUUCAAACGGUUUCCUUCCAAUCCAUUACAGCUUAAAAAGUAAAGAUUAACAUUGGAAUAGUCAAGAAACAGAAGGAAUUGUUUGAGGAAACAGAUGAUGAUUCAGUUGCAGGUUUUGGCCAGUAGUACAUUUUUCAGUAGCAAUAGUUAUUUUUUUUCCCCCUUAGCAGCCAAUGUAGUUCUGUAAAUGAGGCUAUGGAUUAUGUCGGAGCAGCAAGUUUUCACUUAGCAUCUAUGCAAUACCCCACACACAUCACUCAUGUGUGUUUCCAUAUGGCUGAUGUUUCUUACUCCUCCUCCUCUAGUGAAACCAGGUGUUAAAAUAUACCUGCUCUAA